UUACCGUUUCUGAUAAUGUGGAAUAAUAAAGAGAUCAUUUCAUUUCAACCGUGUGCUUUUUAAUAACAGCAACGUAAGCCCACAUGAAACAAUGCACAUCCCUAUGACUUCCUGUGUUACCUCUCAAGCGUCCCCCGCUCCCCAGGUCUACAACAGGAAUAAAGUCGGUGUGAAGUUGGACGUUCGAUAUUCAGAUAUGCGGAAAUUAAGGGACCGUCUCUAAAGUUACGUAACACAUUGUUAAACACGUUUCUAACUUCAAUAGCAUUUGAAAGGAGUGACUUACAGUCAUAUAACCAACUGGAAAGUGUUCAUCUAAAUGUCAGAUGUACCACUGCUCAGAUUGUGGGGAGAGUUUAACUACAAGUCAUCAUCUCAAAGAUCACAAGCGGAUGCACACAGGAGAGAAGCCAUAUGUGUGCUCGCAGUGUGGGAAGAGUUUUACUCGUCAGAGUAAUCUCCAAAUACAUGAGCGCAUUCACACGGGAGAGAAGCCGUAUCACUGCUCACAGUGUGGGAAGAGUUUUAGUCAAGAGAGUAAUCUCAAACAACACAGGCGCAUUCACACAGGAGAAAAGCCGCAUCACUGCUCAGAGUGUGGGAAGAGUUUUACUCAAGAGAGUAGUCUCAAACAACACAAGCGCAUUCACACAGGAGAGAAACCGUAUCACUGCUCACAGUGUGGGAAGAGUUUUACUUAUCAGAGUCAUCUCCAACAACACAAGCGCAUUCACACAGGAGAGAAGCCGUAUCACUGCUCACAGUGUGGGAAGAGUUUUACUUACCAGAGUGCUCUCCAAAUACACGAGCGCAUUCACACGGGAGAGAAGCCAUAUUGCUGCUCACAGUGUGGGAAGAGUUUAACUUGUAAGCGUCAUCUCCAAAUACAUGAGCGCAUUCAUACGGGAGAGAAGCCGUAUCACUGCUCACAGUGUGGGAAGAGUUUUACUCGUCAGCAUACUCUCCAACAACACAAGCGCAUUCACACAGGAGAGAAACCGUAUCACUGCUCACAGUGUGGGAAGAGUUUUAAUUGUCAGAGAAAUCUCCAAGUACACAAGCGCAUUCACACUGGAGAGAAGCCGUAUCACUGCUCACAGUGUGGGAAGAGUUUUACUCGUCAGAGUUAUCUCAAACAACACGAGCGCAUUCACACAGGAGAGAAGCCGUAUCACUGCUCACAGUGUGGGAAAAGUUUUAGUCAAGAGAGUAAUCUCAAACAACAUGAGCGCAUUCACACGGGAGAGAAGCCGUAUCACUGCUCACAGUGUGGGAAGAGUUUUAGUCAAGAGAGUAAUCUCAAACAACACAAGCGCAUUCACACGGGAGAGAAGCCCUUUCACUGCUCACAGUGUGGGAAGAGUUUUCGUGACCAGAGUGCCCUCUACAGCCACCAGCUGUGUCAUACAGGACAGAAACUGUACGUCUGCGGACAAUGUGGACGGGGCUAUGCUCAUUCAAGUUCAUUAAGGACACACAAGUGCUCUAACAAAGCCAUCAGCUCUUAAUACUUGAGUUUGUCAAAUUUACAUACAUGCUGUUCAUUUUUUAAAGGCAGGUAAAGAGACUUUCUGGCAUAAAACAAUAUUAUAUCAUUUGUCAUGGACUGUAGUAUUCUGUUGAAUGGGACUGUUAUUGCUUACUCUCUAGGUUUAGCAGAAUUCACGAUUUUAUGUUUUCUAAGCAUUGAAUACACCAAGAUGAGAAACACCCUGACUUCCACUGAAACGUAUUUAGUUUCAUAAGGCCAAAAACAAAAUGCCACCCACAGUGGUUAAAAAGGCAAAUGUUUUCUUUAACUGAAUGCAUAUGCAUUUAAUUUCCUGAAAUUCACAUCUAGAUGUGUUAAACAACCUUGGUGGCAAACCACCCAAUAUUUAGGUGAACAAAAGUAUAGGUACAGAUGGUCUUAAAGUAAAUAAUAAUCAUUGGUUGCAUGUCCCUUGUUUGCAAUAAUUGCAUCAAGUUGGUGACCCACUAACAUCACCAAACUGGUGAAUUCUUCUUUGUCAUGCUUUUCUUGGCUUUUACUGCAGCCUUUUUCAGUUGUUGUAUGUUUCUGGGGGUUUCGCCCGUCAGUUUCCCUCAUCAGGAGGUGAAAUGCUCCUCGACUGGUUUAAGGCCUGGUGAUUGAUUUGCCCAUUCUAAAAUCUUCCAUUUUUUCCCUCCUGAAGUCCUUUGUUGAGUUGGUAGCGUGUUUUGAAUCAUUGUCUUGCUGCAUGAUGAAGUCCCAAUUAUAUUGGAUCAGAUUGUUUUUGUAAACUUCUGAAUUCAUUCUGCUGCUAUCAUCAAGAGUUACAUCAAUAAAGAUUAGUGAGCCCAUUCCAGAAGCAGCCAUGCAACUAGCCAUGAGACUACCUCCACCAUGCUUGACUGAUGAGCUUCUAUGUUUUGGAUUAUGAGCAGAUCCUUUCUUUCUCCACACUUUGUCCUUUCCAUCACUUUCCUGUAGCACCAAUUGUAUCAUAUUUGCUACAUGAGUUCUCAGACUUCUAUAUUGUCAACAUGAUCAGUAGUUUGCUGAAAACACCUGUUGUAUGGCUUCUGACACGUCUUCUGCCUUCUGGUGGAUUAUCCAUGCACUACCGGAAGUAGCAGGCUUUUGCAGGCCAUAUGUCUGUUUCAUGUAGCGACUCAAGUUUUUGGCAGGGGAUUGUUUGCUAAUUAUGAAAGUUACAGCAAGAAUUUAUAUUGUUAGUAAUAUUUCAAUAUGAAUUUUUACAGUAUUGAAGCAACGUAUAAUUACUUAACAUUUUGUGCCUUAUUUUAAUAGUAAAAUCCUGUUGAAAAUGUGUGUAUGAAAUAUCAUACAGCAGGUAUAUAUGGUAAUAAACCCCUCAAUUGUCAUUGUAUUCCAUUUCAUGAUGCAAUCUACCUUAUGCCUACUUAGUGGUUAGCACGUUCGCCUCACACCUCCAGGGUCCGGGGUUCGAGUUCAGCCGGGGCCAUGUCCGUGCAGAAUUUGAAUGUUCUCCCCAUGCUGCAGGGGUUUCGUCCAGGUACUCCAGUUUCCUCUUGGAUAAUCACUUGGAUUGUCUGUUUCUCAUCAAUUUUCACUAAAAUAAUUCCUUGGCUAUCAAAAUCAUUGUUAUAUUGAACAAUUCAGAGUACAAAAUCAUUAAUUUUUGUGUGUAUUUUUAGAUGGCAAAGAGGUACAGUGUUCCAAAUGAAAUAAAAAUGUUCCGUUUUUUUUUUUAAAGAACCAAACCAACUGAAAUGUUCCAAAUGCAGUGAACAAUAUGUUUGUGUUUCUAAAAUAAACAGUGUUGCGAUCAUUAAAUUACCAUAAAUUCCUGAUGAAUCAAAAAUUAUACCAAAAAAAAUCAUGU